UCCACCUCUAUAAAUAGACCAGCUUCUUGCAUGAAGGCAGUUCAAUAUAAGGGCAAAUUACCAUGGCCGAGCAAAAGAAAAGUAAAUUAAGAGGGUGCAUCAAGACGACUACAGGCCCUUGGAUAGUCCACAAAGCCGGGAAAGAUGGAAGGCUUGUCACACGAUAUCGAUUCCCUUCAGAGAUUGAACGCCAAAAUAACAAAAGAAGGGAAUGCAAGCGACGAGCCGUGGCCAGACAGAUAUUUGCAGGCCUUCGAGCUCAUGGAAAUUAUAAACUGCCUAAACAUGCUGAUUCCAACGACUUGCUGAAAGCUCUUUGUGAAGAAGCGGGUUGGCACGUUGAAGAGGAUGGAACCAUUUCCAGAAAAAAUGUUCACUCGGACUUGUCAAGCUCAAGCUCUCCAAUGGUGUCAUUUGAAGUUCCUGAUUCUUGCACUUGUGAUGAUCGUGAAAAUGUAGCACACACCAACUACUUUGCCUUGAAAAAAGUCUCUUCAGCCAUGGAGCUCCUUCAUGAAGAAAAUACUAACCUCGCACUGUCAUUAUAAUCAUUACGGUCAUAUCAUUGAUAAUUUUAGAUAACUAGAUGUUGGAUCGAGGAAAGUAUCUACAUCUUUGUGAAUAUACUAUAGCUACGUGGAGAUAUUUGGAAUGAAACUAAAAAGAGAUUACUCAAGGAGCAGGUUUGUGGUUGAAGGUCACAAGAGUAGUGCGAUGUAUUAUUUAUGUUCGCUUAUCACUCCACAAGAAGUAUCGAAAUCUUAUUGUUUAUAUUUACUUGAAA